AUGACCUCAUGCCUUAUCUGGUUCCCUGGUGACCCAGGUGCCCGGGCUCCACCUUGGAACCCCACUGUUGCCCAAGGAACUCGGCAUUUGGAUGUUGGGUCUGGGGUCAUGGGGUGGUGGUGGGUGGCCCUGAUGCUGGUGCUGGUCCCCUGGCGGCCUAGAAACCCUGGCUUGUGGCUGUGGGUGGCCCUGGUGCCCUGCCUCCCUGGGGUGCACCCCUGCCUGUUCUGCUUUGGGCCCCCCAAUCAGCGGGAACAGUUCUGCCGUGACUAUACUGGGGCCUCUGGCAGCAACCCCAGAUAUCAGAAAUGCCUAGAGAUCUUUGUUGAGGUUCCUAAACAGUUUGCCUCUGUCAGUGUGGGGGCAGGGCAGCAUGAGGAACUUCGGGACAUUGUCACGGAUGCUUUGUACUAUCUAGAGGAGCAAAAGGGAAAGAAGCCCUUUCUCACGGCCCUUGAGGAAACUGUCAAGACAAUCUGGGUGAAGCUGAGCCGGCUGGGGAAAGUUCCAGCCUGCAUCCCACCCUGUGGAUUCCAGCCAGCUGCCCGUGUCUUCCAGUGUGCUACCUGCCGCUUUGUGGACUGCGAGUUUUCCCUGGACUGCCCAGUGCAGGACAUGCAGACCUACACGGAUGAAACCAUCGUGCUGAGCUGUGACGUGCCGUUCGCCGUCCCCACCGGCCUGCCCGUCACCUGGAUGUUUGUCCCAAAUCUGCGCACACAGGAUGUGUCGCUGUUCAUGGAGCUCAAGGGGAAUCCUGAGAAGCCCUUCAGCCUGACCAUCGAGGAGCCCGCUCCAGGAACCGUCGCCUGUCGCCUGGGGGAGGUUUCCAAGCCCUUUGUCCGCAAGUUCUUCUACCUCAAUGUGUCAGAGGGAAGCGUGGAGGAAGAGAGGGGGCUCCAGGCUGUGUUCAAUACUGUGCUGCACUGGCUGCACAACGAGACCCCCGUGCACCCCAUACCAACGAUGGGGCUGGCACUGGCAGUUGCCUCCCUGGCGUUCGUGCUGCUGCUGGUGGCCAUAUGUCAAUGUGUCCACUGGAUAUCCCACAGACGUGAACAACAGGGUACCCUGGAGGAUUCCAGAUCCCUGGAUUCACCCUUGGGACCUUAA